GUCAUAGUUUUAUUUAGGUUAGGUUUAGGUCGUUUAGGCUUUAGUAAAAGUUUAGAAUUAGAGGUUCUACUCUGCGCUAUGGGCAGCAUGGCAAGGUUUUCUUUGUUGACAUCUUUAACUUCUACUGCAUCUCAGUCAUCAUAUCUGUUGAAGCCAUACAUGUUAUGUUCAAGUUUUCAUACUCAGUCAACACCUUUAUUAUUUUAUAAGACUCAUCUUUUAUGGGCAGAACCUAUGAAAAAGAAGAAAAGGAUUGACCCUGGUAUUAUUGCAGCUCGGGAAGCAAAGAAAAUCAAAAGAAUAGAAAAAGAGAUAAGGAGACUCACAAAAUUUGGUCGAAUUUUAAAGCCAGUUGAUGAAAUAGAAUUAGACAAUAGAAAGUUAAAAUUAGCCAAUGAACGGAAAAGAAGCCCCCUUGUACCAUCAUUAGAAAGGGAUGAAUCGAGAGCUGCUUUAACUAAAAAAUGGGGAUUUCACAAAACAAAACAGUGGCAUUUUGAGUACAAAUUGUGUGAACAGAUAAUGUCUGCACAAUUUGAAGCUCUACAAGAAUUGAAAGCAGUUUCACAAGAUCUAUAUCAGUCAGCUUUAUUGGUUGACUACAGUUUUAUUCCUAUAGAAUUUCAAGGGCCUAAAGAGUCUCCAGCUUUUAAAGAUUAUAGUGUUCCUGAUGGGGAAUAUGUAGAUACAACUAGAAAAUAUUAAAAAUUGUGUGUGAAAUAUCUAUAAUAAAAUAUGUUUAUACACUAACA